CAAAGUCAUGUUUGGUUACUGUGGCAGCCAAAGCAUGCUUGAGCAAUUUCAUUGAAGUAGUGGAAAGUAAGUGCAUCGUACAAACCAAUAUUUCCCUUUUUUCAUCAUCAGCUCAUCAUGUCGAACUUCGGGCGCAACAGACAAUCAGUAUCAGACAUCGAACAAGAACUCUACGACAUAUUUAACAGACACCCAGAUUCGCGUGAAAUUCAAUCAGGAGAACCAGCGAUACCCGCAGACGCACUCCCAGAUGUGCUCAGUGCGUUCUCGGACUCGUAUAAUGGCGUCGACCUGCUCGACGAUCGCGAGAUGGGCGCGCUCAAGGAAAUCCUCGCGCGUAGUCCCGGAAUUGAAGUUACACCUCAGAUCUUGCUCCAGGUCGUUGCAGAGAGGACGAGGCACAGUCCACGAGACAGCCCAAAUAGUUCACCAUUGGAAGAGGAUGUAACGCUGCCCGACGAUCGAGGGCGCAAUCCUUUUUCUCGCACCAACCACUCGCGAUCAUCUAGCAGAAGCUCGGUAGGAACUUCACGCGUCUCCAGCCGACCACCGUCUGUGCCACCCAAGACGCCCAACACGGCGAUUAGCUCUGCCUUUGAUACGUCGCGACGACAGCGAACAACCCCGUUGGACGCGCAGCCCCCUUCAAGCUGGUCAAAGCGCCCUGCGCCUGCCAGCAGACGCAAAAGUAUUGAUGGCGGAUCUCAGCACGCUCUUAGUGACUCAGAAUCGUCUUUCUCCUCCAGUCCCAGUGUGUUCGGUCGAACACGCACGCCGUCAAAUCCAACGAGUCCCUCGAGCAUUUCCAUAGGACUCUUCUCACCUAACUCGGUCGGUUCGCCACCUUUUGUGCGGCCGCACUCCCGCACCCAGUCGCAGCCCUUCACUAGCAUUGGAAUCCACUACUCGUCUCCAGACCGGGAUCACCUCUCUUCGGGAGAACAUUCACCUGAUAUGGACUCGUCUUUUGAUUACCCACAGAAAGGCCACAGCUUUACGCACCAACUCUCCUCGUUGCCUAUGCCACGCUCAGCAUCUGACUCGGACUCUGAUGGCGAGAAUGAGUCGUCUUUAAGCUUAGUUAUGGAACGGUCAGCAACGUCGUCGACUGUGUCCCUUGAACCCACAGAGCGGCUGGAAGCAUUGCAGAAGGCCAACGCAGAGCUUGGGCGGAAGCUGAUCGAGGCUGAGAGGACACUUGAGAACAGGCUGAAUGAGCACGACAUGGACUUAGAUGAGAUGCAGGGGCGCUUGGAAGAGCUCAAGAGUGAACUUACCUCUACCAAGCGGGAGGAGAAGGAGCUCCGAACGAAGGAGCGAACCAACUCAACCCAAAUUACGGCGUUGGAGUCCGAAAUCGCAAAGUUGGAGAAAAGUUUGGAGAAUGCACGUUCGUCUUACCAAAGCUUACAGAAACAAUACCAAGAGCAAUGCGCGGAAUCUGAACGCUAUCGUAACCAGCUCCGCCGUCGAGACCAAGAAAUCAAAGAUUACCGAGAUGCUGCCGCGCUACAGUCACACGAAGCUGUGAAGUGGGCUAAAGAAGCGUCAUCCUAUGAAGAUCGCCUCACACAUCUUGAAGAGGAGCUAGCCAUUGCGCAACAAGCCCACGCUCAGCUCGAUGAGCAGAAGCAGGAAAACCUCAUGCUCAAGGAGACCAUCGACCGCAUGCGGUUUGAUAUGGACGAAAUGCGCAAUGCUGCGACAAACGCUGCUGCGGGAAGCGGGCACUCUAGUGUGGCAAAUACUAUGAGCAAGAGUCUGGGCGCUGAGCUCAUGGGAAAAAUGGGCGAAAGCUGGGGUGGCGAGGAUGAUGAACUUGAGGAUGAGGGAGAUGGUGGCGAAUUAGAGCUGGAUAUGAAUGAGGAUACGGAGGAUGAGGAGGAUGUUAUUCAAACCAUAAUAACUCGGAAGAAGAGGAAAGUUGGCCGCGUUAACAAAGCCGAGAUCGUCACUUUCUCAGACACCAAGACAUACGUCGAUACAUUCACGCAACACGACGCUGCAGAACAUACAUCAGCGUGUGCAAUGCAGACUGAUCCAGAACCAGAGAUUCUUACUUCUUCGUCCUUCAUUCAAACGGAAGAAGUUCCCCGUGGCAUCAUUGCAGUUCAAACCGAUCCAGAAUUGCCACGAAUCACUUCAAGUAUCGAAAUCCAAACAAAUGAAUCAGAGUUAGACGUCUCUCGACCCGUCUCACCGCAGGUUACCCCAGAAGAUGACGAGGCACUCGCGUCUUCAUCAUCGACUGUCCUCCCUCCCACGCCCAAGGGGCACCUGGAGUCUCCUCACCUGAACGACGCACCUCCUUCCUACAACUUUGUGACCGAGCUCGAGCAAGUCAAUAAUGCAUUGAUGGAUCGACACAAAGGCAUCACCAUACCAAUACGUGGCGUUCCCGGAGGAAUCUCAGCAGACACCGUCGAGGAGUGGAAAGCGCUGAAGGAAGAACUCGGCGUGGAAUGCGAGAUGAUAGAUGAGCUGAUUGCCUGCUCGACGACUAAGCGUCAGCCGCAUCGCCAGAACCGUUUCUACAAAAUCUACAAUACCUAUGUCAUCGGCAAGGGCGGAAACGAAGGGGGCGACGCUUGGCUUGCUGGGGCUGCACGGCAGGCACUCAUCAGUGCUGGGGCUAUGGCGCUUUAUACGACCCGCGCUGCCUGGUCCAGUUUCAACAGCAUGCAAGGACCCGGCGAAGGCUUCGGUUAUGAUGGCACUUCUGCUCUUUGGAAUAUUAUGGGGCGUGUUGGUUUUGGUGCUGCUAGGAUUGCAGGUGGCUGGCCAACAUGAUUUCAUGAUGUGCGGGCCUAUAUUUCAUGUUCAUAAUUCUUAUCGCGUUAUCUAAUUCUUGUCACGUUCAACUGCAUUCUCUUACUCCUUUCCCACUCAUUCCUCUUUCAUAAGUACUCUCAAGAUGGGCCUCGUACAUGUCACUCCUUCGUUUCGGCAUAUUAUCAUUGUAUUGUAUUACGCAAUAUAACAACCUUGGGGGAACGUGCUUGACCAAGCUGUCUCUAAAUUC